AUGGUAGCACCUGCGGUGAUUGCCCCGACAUUCUCCAGUCUUGUCUUUACAUCAACCUUUCAAAUGUCGGUCUUGUCUUUACGUCAACCUUUCCUUCAAAGAACAACCCCAGAAGCCAGGCUCUGCUCCUGCCCGCCAUGGGGUGAUGUUGUUCAAGUGGAAACUUGGAUAUCUGCAUCGGGAAAGCAUGGUCAUACGGGAGACUGGCUUGUCCGAGAUUACAUCACAGGAGAAACUCACCUGCGAGCUACCAGCAGCCGGUAUUUGAUGAUUGACAAGAAAACAAGGAAAUUGUCUUUCCUGAAGGAAGCAUGGGCAGAUCAGAUCAAACCUCACGUUUUGGAUUGUCAUGAGUACCCUAUCAUUAUGGGGGAUAACAGAAAACUCCUGCAAAUAUUGGACGUUGAUACUGCAGAUUAUGUCCGAACAGGUUUAUCACCUCUAUGGAAUGAUUUGGAUAUCAAUCAGUAUGUGAACUACCAUAUAAAAUACAUUAGCUGGAUCCUUGAGGGUGCUCCUCGCUCUUUCUUGGAGAGUCACAAGCUUUCUGCCAUGACUGUGGAGUACCGGAAGGAGUGUGGGAGAGAAAGCAUGCUGCAUAAUUUAUCUGCAGUUAGUAGAAACGGCACCAGUGCUACUAAUAGUACUGAUCACUUUACAGAGGAUGAAGGGAUUGAGUUUGAUCACUCUCUUUAUCUUCAAGAUGGGUCUGAGGUCUUGAGGGCAAGGACCAUGUGGAUGCCAAAAUCUAUAUAG